CUCGAGCGCGACUACCUGCCGCAGGAGAUCUCGUUCAACGCCGACGGGCACGUGUCGGGCGGCACGCUCCGGUGCCUCGUCGAGCGCAUGACGCUGCACGACACGACGAUCGACGCCGCGUUCAGCAACACGUUCCUCCUGUGCUUCCGCAUGUUCACGACGCCGCUCGACCUCGCCAACCUCCUGUGGGCGCGCUUUGACCUCCUCAAGCAGUGGACGGCGCAGAAGUUGACGCCGGUCCGCCUGCGCAUCUUCAACCUGUUCAAGACCUGGGUCGAGAGCUACUGGCAGCAUCACCCGGACGGCGAGAUCGUCGACGGCCUCCUCGAGUGGUGCGCCGGCCGGCUCAAGGCGGCCAUGCCCUCGGCGAGUACGCGCCUCGCCGACCUCGCCGGCAAGACGCUCGUGCCCUUCUCGUCUCUCACGACCGGGUCGUCGUCGUCCUCCUCCUCCUCGUCGUCGGCCGCCAUCGACGCCUACUCGCCCUCGUCAGCCGCCGCCUCGUCCGCCCCUCCUCCCGUCGUCACCAAGUCGCUCGUCGCCAACCUGCGUCCCGCGCUCUCGGGCCGCCGGUCGCUCCUGUCGUCGGUCACCGAGAUCGACGCCCUCGAGCUCGCCCGCCAGCUCACCAUCAUGGAAUCGCGCGUCUACUGCUCGAUCCGGGCCGACGAGCUCCUCGGCGCGGGCAACGGCGGCGCGAGUUCGGGCUCGGCCAAGCACGUGUCGGAGUCGAUGCGCACGCCCAACGUGCGCAAGAUGAGCUCGUUGAGCACGAGGUUGACGGGCUGGAUCACCGAGGUGAUCCUCGGCGAGCAGGACCAGAAGCGGAGGACGGGCCUGCUCAAGUACUUCAUCAAGCUCGGCGAGCGCCUCCUGCACCUCGCCAACUACAACGCCCUGUUCGCCGUCUUUACCGCGCUCAACUCGUCGACCAUCUCGCGCCUGCGCAAGACGUGGGACGGCCUCGCGCCCAAGUACCGCUCGACGUUCGAGACGUUGCGCAAGGCGACCGACCACGGGCGCAACUACGCCGAGUACCGCCAGAAGGUCCGCCAAGCCGUCCCGCCGUGCCUGCCAUUCGUCGGGCUCUUCCUCACCGACUUGAUCUUCGUCUUCGAGGGAAAUCGGGCCGAGCGGCCGUCGCCCGCCGACUCGUCGCUCCUCCUCAUCAACUUUGACCGCUACCACAAAAUGGCGCGUAUCGUUGGCGAGCUGCAGCGCUUCCAGUCGCCGUACUCGCUCGUCGAGGUGCCGGAGAUGCAGGCGUACCUGUCGCAGGAGCUCGAAGGGCUCAAGCGAGGGCAGGACGCUCAGUCUCUCUACCGCCAGUCGCUCAUGAUUGAGCCUCGGCAGGGCGGGCCCGCCUCGUCGUCGGCCGCGAGCAUCAUCAGCUCGCAGGACAGCCACCGACCUCGCGACAUCUUCAACUGGCGAGGGUGAUUCCGCCUCGUCCAUCGUCGUCGUUAUCGCCCGACCACGCUCGAUCCUCCUCGACUCGCUCGCCUCGGCGGCGGCCACCUCUCCCUUCUCUCUCCUCUCCUCGCCUCGUCCAUCAUGUCCACGCGUUAUUGCCUCGCAUCCAUCCAUUUAUGCCGUAGUCCUGUUGUUCCCCAUUCCUCGUCGAGCGUACCCCCCUCGUCUCUCCUCAGACCUCGCGACGCCGUCGCAGCUGUGCAAGGUUGUUGUCAGUCCCUCUU